UACCUGCAGUCACCCGAGGUUUUUGGUCGAAGCAGCGCGAUUGCGGUUCUGCGAAGAGAGAGAAAAGAGGGGAGCUCACUCACUCUCUCUUGACCGUCUCUCUUCGGAUCCCCAUCCUAGUAUCUUCAAGCUCUUUGUUCUUUGUUCUUCUCUUCCAGAUCCAAUCGCGACCCUCCGAUCAUCCAUCUCCCUCGGGUUUUGGUCGGGAAUGUGAUCCUCUUUAUCAAUCUGGCCCGAUUCAUGAUGGGAGGAUUAUUUGGCUUGUGGUUGUGGGGAUCAGGUUCCACUACUGUUGGAUUCGGUGAAAUCGGUCCUCAAGUCUGAUCAUUACUUUGGGUUUCUUGUGCUCUGGGUUCGCGUCAACGUGAGGAUUGAAUGGACCAGUACGAGAAGGUGGAGAAAAUUGGAGAAGGAACUUAUGGGGUUGUGUACAAGGCCCGGGAUCGUCUCACCAAUGAGACGAUAGCUCUGAAGAAGAUCCGGCUGGAGAAUGAGGACGAGGGGGUUCCGAGCACUGCCAUCAGAGAGAUCUCUCUCCUGAAGGAAAUGCAGCACAACAACAUUGUCAGGUUGCAGGAUGUAGUCCACAGUGAGAAAAGGAUUUAUUUAGUAUUCGAAUAUCUUGACUUAGACUUGAAGAAGCACAUGGAUUCUUGUCCUGAACUUGUUAAAGAUCCACGACUAGUUAAAACAUACUUAUAUCAGAUACUUCGUGGCAUUGCCUACUGUCAUUCUCAUAGGGUUCUUCAUCGAGAUCUAAAGCCUCAAAAUCUGUUGAUUGAUCGUCAAACUAAUGUGCUGAAGCUUGCAGACUUUGGGCUUGCUAGAGCUUUUGGCAUUCCUGUUCGGACAUUUACACAUGAGGUAGUCACACUCUGGUAUAGAGCACCAGAAAUCCUCCUCGGAUCCCGACAUUACUCUACUCCUGUUGAUGUGUGGUCCAUCGGCUGUAUUUUUGCUGAAAUGGUGAAUCAGCGACCAUUGUUCCCUGGAGACUCUGAGAUUGAUGAAUUAUUUAAGAUAUUCAGAGUCUUGGGUACCCCAAAUGAAGAAACUUGGCCUGGAGUUACUUCCUUACCUGACUUCAAAUCUGCUUUCCCCAAGUGGCUUCCCAAGGAUCUGGCAACAGCAGUUCCAAAUCUUGAAGCUACAGGAAUUGAUCUUCUCUCUAAAAUGCUCCGCUUGGACCCUAGUAAAAGAGUCACCGCUCGACAGGCUCUGGAGCACGAGUAUUUCAAGGAUUUCAGAUUGGUGCCAUGACUAUUAUUCUCAUGACACUUUCUGGAUCAUUUGCUAGUAUAACAAAGUGUAGCAGCUCAUCUCUGUGUCUCUGCUACCGCUAUUACUUCUGUCACGGUUGCCUUCGCUAUGAUCAGAUGUUGCUUUACUUGGAUUUCAUUGACAUUCAUGUCGACAGGAUCUGAAUCCUGAGUGCUGAAGGAUCUUGGUACUCGCAGUUCACCUAUAUCAGGCAGUACAAAGAGUGUCACAACUCCUAUGUUUGUACGUGUGAGACUAGUUUUCCUUCUUUUGAACCCAUAUCUGGCAAUAUGGUUUACUUCUAUAGGUAGCAUUAAGUAUCAUGUGUAUGGUUGAGAUAUUUGUAUUGCUGUUUAGGUUGCAAGAA